AUGAUCAAGCCCACUUCGCUGUUCAAGUGGCCACAAAACGGCGCUGCCAAGGCCCUGGACGCAAAGUCGGCAAAGCAACAGCAGGCGCAAAAGCUUUGGAUCCACCCACCUUCUACGCUGCAGACCGGCCACAUCGCCUACUUAGUCAAGUACUUUGGCAACGUGGAAGUUAGUCAGCCGAAAGGAAUCGAAGUGGUCAAGGAGAGCAUCAACAAGCUUAAAUUCAUCCAGCCAUUGAAAAAGUCGGAAGGGAGCAAAAUUCCCAAAGUAGAGCUGACCAUUUCGGUGAAUGGCGUGGCAAUUCAGGAACCUAAGUCAAAAAAGAUCUACUGUCAGUUUCCACUGCACAGGAUAUCCUACUGCGCCGACGACAAAACGGAAAAAAAGUUUUUCAGUUUCAUCGCCAAGGAUGUGGACACUGAAAAGCAUCUUUGUUUUGUCUUUAUGAGUGAGAAAAUGUCCGAAGAGAUCAUCCUCACCAUUGGCCAGGCAUUUGAUCUUGCUUACGCAAAGUUUAUUGAAACCUCGGGAAGGGAGCUGGAGAUUCGAAAGCAACUCAUCUUGCUGCAGAAAAAGGUGUGCGACCUCGAAGAGGAGAAUAAAAAGUUGAAGGAGCGAAUCAGCAAGUACGAACCUUCAGAGAAGCCGUCAGAGAGUGUGAACCAGACAAAAACACUACUGUCCAAUAGCAAAAGUGAGAACGGCCUUUCCUCAAAGACGACUGAGAAGGUGAACAAUACGGCUGCCAUUGCCGUGCCAGCAUUGCAGCCACCGCCCAGUGCACGAAACCGAAACAAUAGCAGCAGCACACAGGGUCAGAUCAACCUACUGGACGCUGACCUGGAGUGCCAUGACACGACAGUCGCCAUUUCUGAUCAGAACUUGAUCACUGAUCUACUUGACCAGGACUUUAAUCCUCGUGCAGCUGACAAGGCCGCCGCUGCAGCUGCAGCUGCAACUGCAACUGCAACAGCUGUAACAGUAUCGCAGCAGCCGCCACCUUCUCAACCAGAAAAUAACUCUGAUUUGCUAGGCAUAACGCAAGAGAAGGACAUCUUUGGCUGCGAACCCUUUCACGUGCAAGAUCCUUUUGGAAUGGGGCAAUUCAGUUCGGGAGACUUGGAUUCUGCUAUUGUCAGUCUGGAUCGAAAACUGGCAGAAAUGCGA